AUGCGCCUCUCCAAGAUCUUGACCAGUUCGUCGCUUGGUAGCAUCAUCAUGGCCUCUGCUAGUAAUACCAAAGGAGUAUCAGCUCUAGCAGCAUCAUCUGCAUCAUCUGCAUCCCUGUCGUCUUCUGCCUCGGCCUACACAAUUAAACAAUCCAUUUCGGAAUUGGCUCCCCAUUACGAUGCCUUCAUCCUGGACCAAUACGGUGUCUUGCACAAUGGGGAAACGGCUUUGGAAGGAGCGGUAGAGUGUGUGGAAGAAUUAUACAAGUUGAACAAAAAAAUGAUUAUUCUGUCCAAUACCUCUGGCCCAGCGGUAUCUGCUUUGGCCAAAUUACCGAAAUAUGGAUUUGAUCCCAAGCAUUUUUUGGGGGCCGUCACCUCAGGAGAAGAGUGCAGUCGGUACAUUCUGGAACAUUAUGGUUCUAGCAGUGAAACAAAAAAGGUCUUGUGGUUCACGUGGGAUGGAGUUCGAACCCAUGUCCCUCCGCCCACAGACUUUUUAAACAAGUGCGGCAACAUAGAGGUGGCAGAUUCCGUAGAGGAAGCUGAUUUUGUCUUGGCGCACGGCUCACACGUGUGGCAAAAGAGGAACAACGAACAGUUGGCUUUGGAAAACUUUUUGGAAACGGGCAGUCUGGAGACCAUUGAUCCCAUUCUAGAGCAGUGUUUGACAAAUAAAUUGCCAAUGGUUUGCGCCAACCCUGACUUUGUCGUUCGGAUGCCCGACAAGUCCAUGGCCUAUAUGCCUGGUAACAUUGCCAAACGGUAUGCUGAUAUAGGUGGUCAGUGUCAGUCCUUUGGCAAGCCGCAUCCAGAACACUUUUUGGCGUGCCUAGACCAACUGAAUGCUGCCAGCAACAACUCUGAAAUGUCCAAGUCGAUGAUGCGAACUGUUCAUGUUGGAGAUAGUUUGCACCAUGACAUUGCAGGAGCCAAUGCUGCCAACGUAGAUUCCAUUCUAAUUACCAGUGGAAUUCAUUGCAACGAAUUGAAAACAGAAUUUGGUGUCUUGCCGGGCGAGAAAAUCUUGGAGGACUUGAUUCAAACCGAACAGCAUGUUCCAACACACGUUCUUUCCGUAUUUCGAUAUUGA